UGCAGUUCAGAAUCGCUUAAUAUGGAGAUAAGCGAGAGAAGAAGACAGACAAACAGAUAGGUAAAUUAAAACCAGGCCCAGAGAAAAGAAAAAUAAAAGGCGUGAGGAAAGGUGACCAGACACUUCGUGUACAGUAGAGUAUUUAGACCGAGCGCGAGAGCCGGAGAGAGACGCGGACACCUGGUGCACAAGUAAGUGAAGAUGGUCACCAGAUGCGAUCUCAGUGCAGUUGUGAAGCACUGACAGCUAAAAACUUGGGUGCUUUCAAAGGAUGCCCCCGUAACGAGCACCGGCACCUCUCAUUCUGCUAACAUUCGUGCAGGUUUCGGUCCGAUCAGGGAGGCGACGGCAGGCAGCCGAACCGAACAGAAAGGAUCGCCCAGGUUCGGAAACCAACCUACAAAGUAACUACUCUCAGCGUGAUUGGCAGCCGUCUGGAAAUCGCGAAUAACGCUGGGCUGAAAAGAGACAGCACGUUAGCUGGAAAAUUCCGUAAAAAUGUCAGCAAGUCUGGAAAUGAUAAAGUGGCAGAGAAGUAACUUUCCAAAAAUCGGACGGUUCUCCUGAAAGAGAGUGAACGAGGCAGCACUGGCAUCUCCGCAACGCAGAAGUACGAAAUUGACGUUACCAUUCAUUUCCUGCCGAUGGUUUCUGCAGUUUGACAGACUCGGUGGGACAUAACCUUCACGGCGCCGAGGAGCUCGAAAUGAGCCCGUAGGAGCGAAACGGACAGGUCAGUCGGUCUCUGCUCUCAUGGAUGUGAUGAAAUGGACAUACAUUUUUGAAAGGGGCUGUGAAGUUGAGACAUGAUUUAAAUAAGGAAGUUUCCUAAGCUGGAGAAAGCUCUUACGUUUGACCGUAAUGGAUUUCUGGCAGCACAGUGGUGCCAGACAAGAUGGCCGACUUCAAUCCAACAGCUCUACUUUUGCAGCCUUGACCAAAAACCAGUCUGCAAGCCUUUCCCCGAAUUCCUCUGCCUCUACCAAAGACGACAUGGUCAUCACAGCGGUCAUCGGCACAAUCCUGUCAGUGAUGUGCAUUGUGGGGGUGGCAGGAAAUCUUUACACACUGACUGUAGUCCGUCGACGGAGGGGCCGCUCCAACUCCUCUCUUUACGUCCACGUCCUGAAUCUCGCCCUCGCGGACCUCCUGUAUCUUUCCACUGCCCCAUUCAUCGUUUAUGAUAGCUUUGCACCCGACUGGGCUUUUGGGGAAGCAGGGUGCAGAAUACUGCUGAGCCUGGACCUGCUCACCAUGCAUGCCAGCAUCUUCAUCCUAACCAUCAUGAGCUCUGAGCGAUAUGCAGCCAUUUCCAGGCCUCUGGCAACAGCUAGAAGCUCCAGGGGAUACAGGAAAGUGGUGGCACCAUUAGUAUGGGUGUUAUCGUUGGGGCUUACUCUGCCCAUGAUGGUAAUGAUCCAUCUCGAAGAACGUCCUGUGGAAGAUGGGGUCACGAGAAAGCUCUGUGCUCCUACUUGGAGCGAUGAGGACUACCGGACCUAUCUGACUGUGCUCUUUGUCACCAGUAUUCUUGCUCCCGGCAUAAUCAUUGGCUUCUUGUAUGCUGGCCUUGCAAGGAUCUACUGGACAUCGCAAACCAAAGGCCAGCUGGGAAACUCCAGGCCUCCCAAGCUCAAGGUUCUCUAUAUGAUCUUCACCAUCGUGCUGGCGUUUUGGGCCUGCUUCCUGCCGUUUUGGGUCUGGCAGCUACUGCCCCUCUACCACCCAGAGGCCCUUCGUUUCCUGCCAAUGAGCACUGAAAUCUACAUCAACCACCUGGUGACCUGCCUCACUUACGGAAACUCCUGCGUCAACCCUUUCCUUUACACUCUGCUGACCAAGAACUAUCGGGAGUACCGUCAUGGCCAGCUGAGCAGCCAACAUAAAAGUGUGGCCCACACCUUUCUAGCCUCCUAUUACUGUCGAAGGGGGGCACCCUCUGCUGGGCGGGUCAGGUCAGGAACUGGAAUGGCCAGCGCCACCGAGACUGUCAUUCUUACUAUGGCGCAGGGUCAAGCAGUGGGGUAGGUUCGUUGUGUUGGAUUUCUGAAGUGGAUCAGAACGGACAUGGACGCAUCUCUCGACUUUGUUUAUUGGACUAGCCUCAUUUGAUAUUCAAGGUCAAAUAAAUAAAUGAACCUCUUGAAUGAGAACAGCAUGGAGCAUCUAGUGCAAUACGAGCCCUUAUUGAAUAAACUCCCUUGCCUGCUUUUUCUCCUCAUUAAUAAAGCAAUGCUAUGUGGCGCUCUCUCCGUCCUCACCCUCACUAUGCAUGCAGUGGAGUUGGCCUUCCUUCCACGUGAAGGCUCAUGACGCACCCGGGCCAACACCCGCUACCAGCACUAUGGGACC